UAUAUAUAUAUAUAUAUAUACAUAUUUAUACAUAUUGUGUGGAUGGUUCUUCUUCUUCUUCUUCAAACUCGAAGCCGAUAACAUUUCAUAAUCAAUUAUAAUAAUAUUAAUACUAGCAUUGAACCUGGAGUGGAGGAAAGUAAAAAAAGCAAACCCAUUUGCGAGUAGCAUAAGGGCGAGGAUGGGGCCGAGGCAGAUGCCACUAAAUAUGGUUCACGAUGCCAAUAGAUUGCCCCGGAUUAUAUUAACUGAGCCAGCUGGGUCAUCGGCAGAGGUGCUUCUGUAUGGAGGGCAGGUUGUGUCUUGGAAGAAUGAACGAAGAGAUGAACUGCUUUUUAUGAGCAGAAAGGCUAUAUGGAAACCACCUAAAGCCAUCAGGGGAGGUAUUUCUGUCUGCUUUCCACAGUUUGGAAAUCUUGGUUCACUGGAGCAACAUGGAUUUGCAAGGAACAGAUUGUGGUCAUUGGAUGGUGACCCUUCGCCUUUGCCUCCAGCUAACAAUAAGUCAUGUGUAGAUCUGAUACUAAAAUCCACAGAAGAGGAUCUAAAGACCUGGCCACGUGGCUUUGAGUUGCGGCUCCGUGUAUCUCUCAGCGCAGGAAAGCUAACUUUGAUCUCUCGCGUGAGAAAUAUUGACAAGAAGGCCUUCUGUUUUAUGUUUGCACUACGCAACUAUUUAUCAGUCUCAGAUAUCAGUGAAGUGCGUGUUGAGGGCUUGGAGACACUGGAUUACUUGGAUAAUCUGAUGGAUAGACAAAGGUUCACAGAGCAGGCAGAUGCUAUUACUUUUGAUGGCGAGAUUGACAGAGUUUAUUUGACCACCCCAACAAAGAUUGCUAUCAUAGACCACGAGAAGAAAAGAACCUUUGUACUGCAGAAAGACGGCAUGCCAGAAGCAGUUGUUUGGAAUCCUUGGGACAAAAAGGCCAAGGCUCUCCCAGAUUUUGGGGAUGAGGAUUACAAAACCAUGUUAUGUGUGGAUUCUGGUGCUAUUGAAACCCCAAUUGUGUUGAAACCCUUUGAAGAGUGGACAGGCUAUCAAGAACUCUCGACCGUGUCAUCAAGCUAUUGCAGUGGGCAGUUGGACCCUCGGAAGGUUCUUCAUGGCUUUCACUGACCUCAUCCAUGCAGUCAAUGAAUGUUGUAUUAUUUAUUGUACAAUAAAAAUGCACUUGCUUGUUCAUGUAUUUACCUUGUUCGUGGUAAUUAGGAUUCCCAGACUGGCACUAAAUUUAACUCAAAAUAAAACAUGAGAGAAUAUCAUUCCAGGGUCUAACUCAAGGUUGAGCAGCAGGAAUAUUUUGUAUGUUGCCACUUUGUAAUUGGGAUAAAUGCCUCUUGGUAAUGAAAGAGUAAACAAGUUAAUUCCA